UUUUUUUUUUUUUUUUUUUUUUUUUUUUUAUUUUUUUUUUUACUUUGACUUUGUUUUAUUGCCCGGGGCAAAAAGAAAAGAAAAGAAAAGAGUAUCGAAGAACUUGGAGGCGGAGCAGUUGUGGCAAUAACCGUGUUUGUUAGUAUCAGCCGUUCAGUGCAGACAGAGCUCAGCGUCAGUCCACAUCAGCGGACGGCAGAAAAGGUGUGUUCUAUAUCCAGUAUGGACAGCAUAUGUGAAAAUCACACAAAAAACGAGUUUAUCAGCAUUUGCGUUCAGGAUCCCAUGCUCCAUAAAGAGGACAUCUGGCACACAUACGUGGACUAUGAAAUCUGUUUACACACCAAUAGCAUGUGCUUCAGAAAGAAGACUUCCUGCGUAAGGCGGCGGUACAGUGAAUUUGUGUGGCUGCGCCACUGCCUGGGACAGAACGCCCUGAUCAUAGAGUUGCCAAAGUUGCCAUCCUGGAAUCCUUUUUUCAGUUUGAGAAAUGUUGGACAAGUCUCACAGAGGAUGGACGGUCUGCAAGAGUUUUUAGAAAUCGUCCUCCAGACACCGUUGUUACUGUCAGACAGUCGUCUCCACCUGUUCCUCCAGUCUGACCUCAACAUCACAAAGAUAGAGAAGUGUGCUCGUGGUAAGACGCGGUACACGGUGGCUGAAGCCAUACAGAGGUCUAACUUGGAUUAUCACCACAGAUUUGAGGACAAAGGUUCCUGUGACUCAGACUGUGAAAGUUCUUCAUCAUCAGGUCUGGGACUAAGUGUAGACACCAGUGUACCCUCUCCCUCGCUUUGACGCCUGACGAACACAGAGCUGUUCAGUCGUUUCCUUCCUCGCUGCACUACCUGAGCCCUGCGACUCUGCAGUUGUACUUUAAUUAUUGACAUUGUGCUGAUCAUGCAUGUAUUUACCUUUUCUGUCCCCUUCUGUGGAGCCUAUUGUUUCUUUCUUCUAUUGGUUGACUUCCAAGAAGACACAUUUCCCCUGAAGCUUUUGUUUUAUUAAUUUGGUCUCUUAAAGUCACACCAUGGUCAUGUGAAUGUACUUGUGUAUUUAAAAUUGUUCAGUUGGUAAAAGAAAAAAAGUUUUAAAAAUGUAUAGCAAUCAUUGGUUGUAAUGGUGAUGUCUUAAAAAUUCCUAUCUAUAUUUUUAUUAGCACUGUGGCUAGCAAGGGAUGUUUGAAUUGCAGGCAGUUUUUAUGUAUAUUUUAUGAAAUGCUAUUGAAUGAAUAAACUUUUUGAAGAAAA